UUUUCAGCGUAAGUGUCACACAGCCGGGUUGAGUGAGAAAGCGGAGCAGGAUCUUCCUACAAGUUUGUAUCGAACAGCAGCGCUCAGCGUAAAUUGAUUUCCACUAGAACAAGAAAAAAUGGCUGAACCUAAGGGAGAUAUAGCGUUGAUUGGACUGGCUGUAAUGGGACAGAACAUCAUCCUUAACAUGAAUGAUCAUGGAUUUACGGUGGUCGCCUUCAAUCGGACUGUCUCCAAGGUCGAUGAUUUCAUGAACAAUGAAGCCAAAGGGACAAACAUCAUUGGGGCCAAGUCGAUGGAGCAAAUGGUCAGCCUUCUGAAGAAGCCAAGGCGUGUCAUGUUAUUGGUCAAGGCUGGAGCUGCUGUGGACGCCUUCAUUGACAAAUUGGUACCAUUAUUAGAGAAAGGAGACAUUAUCAUCGACGGAGGGAAUUCAGAAUACACUGACACAAAUAGGAGAUGUAAGUCUCUGGCUGAAAAGGGCCUGUUAUUUGUGGGGAGUGGGGUGAGUGGAGGAGAGGACGGAGCCAGAUAUGGACCUUCUCUCAUGCCCGGAGGAGCACCUGAAGCAUGGCCACAUAUCAAGAAUAUUUUCCAGUCUAUCGCUGCCAAAUCUGGAAAUGAGCCAUGUUGUGAUUGGGUGGGAAGUGAGGGCGCCGGACACUUUGUAAAAAUGGUCCACAAUGGUAUUGAGUACGGAGACAUGCAACUCAUCUGUGAGGCUUACAAUGUGAUGAAGGAUGGACUUGGUAUGAACCAGCUGGAGAUGGCCGAUGUUUUUGAAGAUUGGAAUAAAACUGAACUGGAUUCCUUUCUCAUUGAAAUCACCAGGGAUAUCCUCCGUUUCAAGAAUGAGGAUGGCAGUUUCUUGUUGGAACAGAUCCGAGACACAGCAGGACAGAAAGGAACAGGAAAAUGGACAGCUAUAUCGGCACUAGAAUAUGGUGUUCCAGUGUCUCUUAUAGGUGAAGCUGUCUUUGCACGAUGUCUGUCUGCCCUUCAGAAAGAGAGAAUUGAAGCCAGUAAACAUAUCCAGGGACCAGAGAAAACUAAAUACGAUGGUGACAAGAAGGCAUUAGUUAAAGAUCUCAAACUGGCACUGUAUGCCUCCAAGAUUGUCUCCUAUGCCCAAGGGUUUAUGUUGAUGAGGGAGGCAGGGGCUGAACUGAAAUGGGAUCUGAACUUCGGUGGUAUUGCCUUGAUGUGGCGAGGAGGUUGCAUCAUCCGAAGCCGUUUCCUUGGUAAAAUAAAGGAGGCCUUCGACAAAAAUUCCAAGCUGAGUAAUCUCUUGUUAGAUGACUACUUUAAGGCAGAGAUACAGAAAUGCCAGGCGGCGUGGCGAAGGGUUGUGUCUACCGCUGUCUUACUGGGAAUCCCAACACCAGCCUUCAGUACAGCUCUCGCUUUCUUUGACGGCUACCGUUCAGCCAGACUUCCUGCCAACUUGUUACAGGCACAGAGGGACUACUUUGGAGCACACACGUACGAACUACUGGACAACCCGGGUAAAUUUAUCCACACAAACUGGACAGGACAUGGAGGGAAAGUUUCGUCCAGUACAUAUGAUGCUUAAUGACGAUAAUAGUGAUUGACUGUUAUUCACCAAGUCUAAUGUCGUACACUUAUAAGUUCAGAACGAUGUAGUUUUCUAUUCUAGUUGAAAGAUUUGGAGUUUAGGUUGUCUUUGAACUUCAGAAAGUGUGUAUAUUUGGAAAUAGAAAUUUGAAGUUUACAAAUAUUUCUUAUGUUUGUGGUCAUUAGAUAAGUAUCUUAUAUACUUAUGCUUGAAGUUUGAUUAUAGAUUUAUAUUAUUUUGAAUUUAACCGAAAUGAUAUGCUACAUGUGUGUAUUUCUAAAAGUGUCAUAAAACUGAAAUUGUGUCAAGAAUUUCUAUAAUUGGUACUUUGAACUAAAUUAUUUACAAUUCAAUUAUAUUUGAGAAGUAGUUCUCUGUAUCUAUAUAGAAAUGCUUAUAAACCCAAACUGUUAGGUACUCUAAGUGUUUUAAAGGGAGAAAACACAAUAGACAACAGGUUAAAAUUUAUGAGAAAGCAUGACUUGUAGUGAUUGCUGAUUGUGCUUUGAGCAUUCUUUAGUUCAACCACAAAUAUUUGAAAAUAACAUUUCAAUAUUGGUAGAUUUCUUCAUAGGAAGAUGUUUUGCUUAAAAAAUUCUGUAGAAAGACUUAAUAGAUUUGAUGGAAGAGGAAAGAUUGGUACAGAUAGAUAUGUCAGUAAGACUUGGUUAGAUAUCAUUAAGGUAGAAAAUAUAGUAACUGAAAUUGAUAUAUACAUAUAUAUAUACAUGUACAUGUAUAAUACAUCUUUAUGCGGAUAUUCUUACUAAUGCUUGUCAGAGAUGGAAAUAGUGUAGACAUGUGUGGAUGGGUUCAUCAAUAUUUGAAAGAAAAAAAAACAAAAACAAAAACCCAACUUUGUAUUGCUAUAUGUUAAUGAGAUCAUUAAGAAAAGUAAUUAUACGUCAUUUUAGAGCAGGAAGUGAAUGUGUAUAUUUAAUUUACUAUUCGCUGAUUGUGCCUGUAAGAAUAGAGCAAUUGAUGGACUUUGAUCAAAUUAUGUUCCUUGUCAAACAUGCUGUACAUAUCCACAUUUUGUUGAAAUUUUGUCUUCACGAUGAUAUACUGUGAAACCAAGAUAAUUUAUCACAGGAGCUGUUAAUUGUGGUAUUGUUGAAUUUACUUAUUAAUGUCUUGUUAAUUUUUUUUACUUAAGUUUUUUUUUUCAAUUUAAUUCUUGAAAGAACAAUACAUGUAUAUAUUUGACAGAAUGAGGCUUAAUUGGUGCAUUAUGUAUGAGCAAUACUGCUACAUCAGAGCUAUAUAACAUUGAUACAAAACUGACAAUCAAAUUAAGGAUACUGUUCUGGUACAUAAGAACCAAUUAAUGGUAGUAAAAAUACCUGGUUUUCUUUUAUUAAUCUUCAAAAAAAUGUUUCAUUGUGCCAGAGGUAUUAAAUUGUUUGGAUAUACUACCGGUACUUAGAAAUAUCUGCAAGAAGAGGUCUUGUAAAAACUUAGCCUGUUGACAUUGAUUUGAUAAAAAAAUUGAAAUAAAAGUUGUCUUCAUCAGAACAGCUAUAGAUUUUGCAACCAAACCAAAUAUGGAAUCUUUUUUUCUGUUUGUUUUCAAUUAUUAAUUGAUUAUAAGAGUAAUUAUUCCUUAAUAAUUCCUGAAAUCCAUUCUGUUCAAUAAUUUAUUUGGAAAUAAAUCUCUUAAGUAUGCUUAAGCCAUAAUAUUAUGUUAUAGUAUUAUACCUUAACAUCUGAUCUGUAUAUUUAUUUAGCAAAAUCAUACUGAAUAAUUCAUAAAGCAAAUUCUCUGCAAAGUGAGGCUGUGAUCCCAGAAACAUCUAUUCAUAGUGAUAUAUCAUUCUUUACAUAUCUGAUCAAGACCCUUUGUAUCUUAAAUUUGUUAUUGGAGGGACAGUGAUUUAUAGUCUGUUCCUUAAUUGUUUGUUUAGUUUUUCCAUAGGUGUCUGCUUCUAGCCCCUACUCUUACAAUAUCAACAAGGUGAAACACUCGAAAAGUUGGAAGUAGGCGGUGAACUUUGAUUCACUUUGAAUUUAAGUUUGAUCCGGCUAAAAUAUCAAACGCACACAAACUUCAGUCACGUACUUUGGUUUAGAAUCAUUAAAUAUCAAUGCAUGUUAUUCUUUUGACUUGGUACAAUGAUUUAAAGAUAAGAAAAUGGAUCAAAAGCGGUCGUGAUAGCCAACGAUGUAUCAACUGCAUGUGGAACAGAAGUAAGUCUGCAACGGGGUAAUCUGAUUGGUUGACAGCUCUGUAUAAUCAAGCGCCCACUUCCGUUCAGCAGUCGAUACAUCUUCUGAUCUUGUUGAUAUCGUUAGAGUAGGGUCUAACAUUUGUUUCUAUAAAUACUAACCAGAAACAGACACCUGUGUUCUUUCCAUUAAUGACAAUAUAAUGGAAAGACACAUUUUACCAUCUCACCACAUGCACCACAAAAUGCCUUAUCAAUUGCAUUUUGCACAUAUAGCAAUAAAUUGUUUCCUGUGUUUACUUACAUCCUGGACAGACAACAAACUUCAUUGUACAAAUAAUGUAAAUCACAGUAAAAUAUGGUGUUAUUUUCCUGUAUAAUUCAGGCAGAGAGUCAGUUUGUUCUGUAUUUAUCUCCAAUCAGUAUUUAUCUCCAAUCAGAAAAGAGCUCCAAUUCGUUUUGUGAAUAGAAAGAAAAACAAAAGUAAAAUUAAAAUUUAAUUCACAAAAGUUUUCCAGUUGAUUAUAAUCAACUGGAAAACUUUUGUGAAUUAAAUUUUAAUUUUUUUUUAAUGGUUGGAUAUGCUAGUUUAUCAGUAAUAUUUGAGGUAUUGUUGAACUGUCAGAUUAUUACCUAUUAUAACAUGGCCAGACAUUCUAUAUACAAUAUUUAAUUCUUUGUUGAAGUUUUUGAUAGUAUGCUAUACCAGUAGACUGGUCACACUUUUAAGUGCAAUAUGAUUCCAGAUUUAUAUUUAUCUUCAGCAUUUAUAGAAUGAUGAUGAAAUGGAUUUAACAAUUCUUGAGUCAUAUACCCCCAGUACAUGUACUUUCUACAGUAGAACUUGGCACAUCAGAAUUUUUUAUUUAUUAUAGAGUUGUAAUCAAACAAAUCAUGUGUAGCCUCAGCAGUUCAGAUAUUUGGGAGUUCACUGUAUAUAUGAAAUAAAAUGCAAAUUAUAUUUAAACUUGUUCAUCAUACUUUCUAAUAUUAAUAUAAAAUAUAGAUCUAAGAUACAUUUCUCUACGAAUCACAUUCAAAUGUUUUUAUGUUAACUGUGUGUUCAAUACAAUUCUUAAAGGGCCUUGAUUAAGACCAGUACUUUGCUUUGUAGUAUAGGGUGUGUGUAGAUUAGGUUUUUAGAUACUAGUAUUGUCACCUUAGACAGCACAGAAUGUCAUGCCACAGGAAAUGGUUUACAAAAUAAUAUAUACAUCUUAAUAUAUACUUAUGUAAAUGAACAAAAACAAUAAAUUCCUAACUUUAUACAUUUGUAACAAAGUAUAUUUUUUUCUGGUAUAUAAUCACAUAUUAUAGAUUGUCAGCAAUUUUUGUAAAUUCUGAUUUUCUAUCAAAACAUAUAAUAAAAGCUUCUUUUUUGUAA